AAAUCAUCUUGUAUUGUUUCCCGUGCGGUAAUAACUGUUACCUCUUGGCUCCACUGUUAGGUCUGAACUCGACGUUUACAAACUGGGCCAACUAUUGUCACGAAUACUCACUGUUAACUGCUUCUGUCUCUCCAACUGCAUAUAGAAAUGGAGACUUUUGCAUCAUAUAUUUCAGAAAGGCUGGGUACGGAUGUUGUGGCUGUUCGUCUACUUUUAUCCAUGUUCAUGGGUUAUCCUAUCGCUUUUAUAUACAACAUGAAGGCAAGCUCGUGGAAAAUUUCCUAUCGACAUCUUUAUUUGUUUACCUGUGGUGUCCUUUUGUUCCUGUGGAAUUUUGGUUUUGAUAUUGUGCAUAUGUUUGUUGGGAUUUUCGCGACACUGUUUGUUAAUUAUUUGUUUAUGCACUCGAGAACUGCCGUCACCUUUGCUUUCGUGUUUAAUAUGGGAUAUUUAAUUAUCGGCUCUCAUAUAUGUAACCGAGGUACCUAUGAUAUAAAUUGGACAACACCGUAUUGUGUUCUUUGUUUGCGGAUGAUUGGACUAUCAUGGGAUUUGUAUGAUGCAUCUAAAACAGAAAGUCAACGUUCGGUUUCUCAACGAAAGUCAGCUUUAUCUAAAUUUCCUGGAGUAUUGGAGACAUUAGCUUUUUCUUUUACUCCAACAGCUUUUCUUACUGGACCCCAGUUUCCCAUGCGACAUUUCCAAGCAUUCAUUGAUGGAUCAUUAAGGCCAGUAGUUCACUUAAGAAAGAGCACAUUUAAACACCGUUUCAUCUAUAAUGCCAAGUUCCAUCGGACAUUGAAUCGCUUGAUAUUGGGAUAUUUUGGCGUAAUUGUUUUAUCGAAAUGGUUCGCAAUGUACCCUGCCGAUAAAAUGUUAACUGAUGAGUUUCAAUAUGAAUGGAGUUUCUUUUCACGUCUGCUUUACAUGAUGAUAUUUGGACAGUUAACGUUAUUACGUUAUGUAUCAAUCUGGCUAAUAGCUGAAGGUUCUUGUGUUUUAAUUGGGCUUGGAUGUACUGGUUUUGUUCAUAUUAGAUCUAAAGGAUCUAUUCAACUUCCCGAUUUUAUAACAAAUAAGGAUUCUGACACGGUUACACGUGACGGUCCUGUUUUAAAACGUCGGGAUUCUGCUGUGGAUUGGUCUCUUGUAGAAAACUAUAUCAAAUCCCAUGCAGAACUUUAUGAUCCUGAACAAGUGAUAGUACGUGAAGCUCCUCAUACAGCCUGUGCAAAUAUCUCUUUAAAACGAUAUAUUUUCGCAACAAAUACUGACGAUCUUGUCGCUGGUUUCAACAUCAAUACCAACAGAUGGCUUUUAGAUUAUGUUUAUAAACGCUUACGUUUCUUGGGCAAUAAAAAUUUAUCUCAAAUAAUAUCAUUAUUAUUUUUGGCACUUUGGCAUGGCACAUACAGUGGCUAUUAUGUCAAUUUUGGAAUAGAAUUAUUAGUAGUGACAGUUGAAAAAGAUUUUUUAUCCAUACUGAAGAAUUCAAAAUACAAUCAUUUCUUUUAUAAAACGUUUACUGGACGUAUAAUCAGCAGUGUAUGUGGCAAACUUCAUAUUUAUUUUAUUCUGUCUAGUCCGAUGGUAGCGUUUUAUUUGUUAAAAUUUCAUCUAUGGUUCCCUCUUGUAUCCUGGCACGAUCUCGGUAUCCUUUCGAUGCCACGAGAUCGCCAGCAAAUAAACAUCGACUUGGUCCAUUAAUUGCCUUCUGAUAUUUGGCUUCUCGGGGAUUUUAUGGAGUCAUUUGGAACGAGCUUCUUACGCCUUCUGAUCUUGGUAGCGGUGUUCAUAGUUAAUCUCAACUCGACGCCACGCUACAAUUGGUAAUCCCAAUACGAAUACAAUUGGUAAUCCCAAUUCGACUACAAUUGGUGACCCGUAUUUUGGAACACGCCUCAGCUUCUGGUCAAAUCUUCCAAAGAAGCCAAUUCGGUGAGUCUAUGAUUUAUCUAUCCACGUCUGUCGUAUAUUUUCAUAUUUUUUAAUAUAUAAUAUACGCGACAUGACGGAUAACGAUAAGAAUAGUAUUAAUAUAAUAGACUCACACGUAUGUGUACCGAAUCCUUGUCACUUUUUAUUCGCGUGAUGAUGAAUUCCACGCUCUAUUCGAGAAAUGUUACCCUAUUAACGAUUCUCCUCGCUGACCCGGCUGCUUGGUACGGAAUGCAUACGCAUAAGCAUAUCCGUCUACCACCCAGCACCAAAUGGUUAAGUUGAACGGUUUCAUUGCCAACUUAAAAGUGCUCUACGAGCACACGAGAACGACAACUGGUACGAAACCUUAUCGCUCGUCCUCUUAGGUAUUCGAACGAGCUUGAAGGCAGAUAUACAAUGUUCCGCCGCUGAAAUGGUAUACGGCACGACAUUGCGUCUGCCCGGAGAAUCCUUCACACCACGGAGCAGACCUAAUUUCGGUAAAUCAGACAACGUCCGUCGACUGUCUGCAUUUAUGUGAACGCUGUCUCCGGUGUCAACUCGAAUACAACAUCGACAGGUCGCUCUCCCUCGAGAGUUAUCUACCUGUUCACAUGUUUUUGUACGAGUAGAUUCGGUACGCAAACCUUGGCAACAACCUUACGAAGGCCCUUUUCACGUGAUCGCUCGUCACGAAAAGACCUUCAAGGUUGAUCGACAUGGACGCGUCGAGAUCGUCAGCGUUGAUCGUCUCAAACCAGCACACGUCGAUGACAGUGCCCUAUCUGGUAACCUGAGAUUCAAUGCUAGACCUAUUAAACCUAGCGGGAUCCUUAAAUCUUCAGGUCCCACGCUAGAUGCAUCUGAGACCUCAUUCUCACGUCCCGGUCAACAGCACGCGUCAUCUGCACCGUCUACGGACGAGACGAUAGUCUCACGUCCAGAUCAGCAGACCACGCCGCCUCUGACCUCGGAUGAGAUUGCAGGCUCACGCGACGCGAACGAGACUGCCGUCUCACGUUCCGGUCGCCGAGUACGGUUACCCGUACGCUUCCGCGAAUAGUCGCACAGUCAACAACCGAUACGGUGUAGGAUUAUUCCUAUGCUACACGCAUGCUACACUCUUCUUUUUUGAUUUUCUUUUUGUUUCCUGAGCCCACGCCUUCGACCAUCGCCGUUUGGUUCCGUCGACUUCAGUCAACUUUGGCGAAAGCUGGAUUGGCCACCCACGCUCUUGUCAACGUACUCAGUCGAUAUAUUGGUUUCGUAUGCUUGGCAUACGCUUGGUCUCGAACUUGGUCGUUACGGUCGCUUCUGGUCUUUUGGCUCAACGUGGUCUCGUCCUUCGUCUGCAGCGUUUCUGGUGCGCACCCCUACGAACGCCCUCUUCAGAUUCUGGAUACAAACCACUCUGGUGUAGCAUGCCAACUCGAGCAAUCAAUACAACACAUCGCUCCUGGUACUGUUCUCCGAAAACGACCUUCGUUGGCAACUCGACGAUCAACGAUCGCUUUCCUGUUCGCCAAUUCUUCCGUCCUACAAUCGCUCGUCAGCCGAUCAGUCCCACGAUUCAAACCGCUUUUUAUCGAAAGUGUAAACCCUUUCUAGCGGGGGGCUCCUGUAGUGACUCACGUUUAUCACGAGAACACGACUGGUUUAAUAAAAACAAUUAUUAUUAUAACCAACUGUACCAGUGUUUGUUUUAACGUGUUUUUGUUUGACUGUGCUAAUGACAGCUAUUUUGUUCUUCCAUUCUUAUACUUACACUUUGAUUGUAACUUCGCGCGAAUUCGGUUACGUUCUGUAACCAAGCUUGUAUCCUGGCACGAUCUCGGUAUCCUUUCGAUGCCACGAGAUCGCCAGCAAAUAAACAUCGACUUGGUCCAUUAAUUGCCUUCUGAUAUUUGGCUUCUCGGGGAU